AAACAAUCGGUGCCCUAAACAAAAGGGUGACAGAAAGCAGAAAAGAAUGUAGCUUUUUAAGAAAGAAAGAAACAUCAGAAGCUUCUCUCUCUCAGAUUAACAGAAGAAGCAGAAGGAUCAGAAAGAAUCUUAAGAUUCUUCUCUCUAAGUCUCUUUUAUUUUCUUCAAAAUCUUGGAAUCUUGAGGCUCCUUCCUUGUCGGCUAAAGAAGAUGUUGUGUAGGAUGGUGGUGGUGACCGGCCGGAAGAAGAAAGCCGGUUCGGUUCCGGUUUAUCUGAAUGUAUAUGAUCUCACACCCAUCAAUGGCUACGCUUACUGGUUAGGACUCGGGAUCUACCACUCUGGCGUUGAAGUUCAUGGGAUUGAAUACGGUUUCGGAGCUCACGAGCAAUCAACGACGGGGAUUUUCGAGGUGGAACCAAAGCAAUGUCCUGGUUUCACAUUCAGGAAGUCUAUAUUGAUCGGAAGAACAGAUUUGGAUCCCGAGAAAGUCCGUGCCUUUAUGGAGAAACUCGCUGAAGAGUAUAGCGGAAACACUUACCAUCUCAUCACAAAGAACUGCAAUCACUUCUGCAACGACGUUUGUAUUCAAUUAACCCGGAGAUCAAUCCCUAGUUGGGUUAACCGUCUUGCUCGGUUCGGUUUGUUCUGCAACUGUGUUCUCCCGGCAGAGCUGAACGAGACAAAGGUGAGGCAGGUGAGACCAAAGGAGGAGAAGAUUCCGGAAGCAGAGAAGAAGAAACUCCGGAGCAGAUCAAGUAGAUUUCCACCUGGCCCUUCGCUUUCUUCAUCAGGUUCUUUAAACCGAAGCAGAAGAGGUGAAAGGAGAAGAGAAUGUCUUCCUCCAUCACCAACUGUGAGUGCUUAGUUCUAGUCUUAGUAAUUCGAUUAUACCACUCCUUUUUUGUUCGCAAUUCGAUUCGGUAGUAAUGGUGUCCCAAGUAAGUUACGUGUUACGCGAGAAGAUGUGGUUAAAAUUAUAGAUUGAACAAACAUUUUUAUUGAUGG